GCCCCCUGCUUCAGUAGUCUAUGACUGCUGGCAGGGGCGGGCUGUUCCAGCUCUCUGCCCCCAUUGGCCACCCAGGUUAAAGAGGAUGAGCUCUCCUCUGUUUACUUCCUGGGCCGGCAAAGGACUGGAGCGGAGGGCAGCCCCAGCCGCAACAAAAGCGGCAGCAGCAGCAAAAGGGAAAGGAGAGGACCAAAGUAAAUGCACAAUGAAUGAACCAGCAUCUAGUGGAAAUGGGCAAGACUUUGAUGUAUUUAGUGUAAUGGACUGGAAGGAUGGAAUUGGUACCUUGCCUGGAAGUGAUCUAAAGUUUCGUGUGAAUGAAUUUGGUGCCCUGGAAGUGAUCACUGAUGAAACAGAGAUGGAAAGUGUUAAGAAGGCCUCAGCUACCACAACCUGGAUGGUGCCCACUGCUCAAGAUGUCCCAAAGACCCACUGCUCUUUCCACUAUGUAGCCUUCUCAGAGAAGACAGAUAUACCAUCAAAUCUGAAGGAAGUAGAUGGGCUUCAUUUCUGUGAAAAUUGUUUUCAUCCUGGAACCACAGUGGAAUUUGUAGCUGGAGACAGAGCUUGCAGCCCAAAGUGUGCCCAUCAGAUUAAAAACAGAGAGCAAAAGGAAGACAAAGACAUAUUAGAAUUCAAUGAUGAAGACUCUUCUAAGAGCAAUCAGAAAAGGAAAACCAAAUUGCCUCCAAAGGCAGAAUGUACGGAAGACAGAAACAAAAAGGAAAAGGAAAUAGAAGAGAACCCUGAAGGAAGGAUACUAAGAGUCUCUCAGAGAGCCACACGGAAGAGGAAAAGAGAGAUGGCAAUUUUAAAAGAGACUUUAAUGUCAAAGGCAAAGAAAGCAUGGACAUGGCCCUCAUACCUGGAAGAAGAGAAGGCUAUAGCUGCACCUCCUAAGAUUUUUAAAGAGUAUCAGUCCUUCCCAUACAACAAAAAUGGAUUUAAAGUGGGAAUGAAGCUAGAAGGAGUGGACCCGGAGCACCAGUCAAUGUAUUGUGUCCUUACAGUAGCUGAGACAUGUGGCUACAGAAUUAGACUUCACUUUGAUGAAUACCCAGAUUGUUAUGAUUUUUGGCUGAAUGCUGACUCUUCUGAUAUUCACCCAGUGGGUUGGUGUGAGAAAACAGGACACAAAUUACAUCCCCCCAAAGGAUAUAAAGAUGAUGAAUUUAAUUGGUCUGCAUACCUGAAGAAAUGUAAGGCUCAAGCUGCUCCUAAAUCCUUAUUUGAAAACCAAAACACAACUGUGAUUCCAUCAGGAUUCCGCGUGGGGAUGAAGCUUGAAGCAGUAGACAGAAAAAAUCCUACAUUCAUAUGUGUUGCUACGGUAACUGACAUUGUGGACAGUCGUUUCCUGGUUCAUUUUGACAGUUGGGAUGAGAGCUAUGACUAUUGGUGUGAAGCAGCGAGUCCACAUAUUCAUCCAGUUGGGUGGUGCAAAGAACAUAGGAAGACACUUGUAACCCCGCCAGAUUAUCCACAGGCCAAGCAUUUUUCUUGGGAGAAAUAUCUGGAAGAAACUAGUUCAUUACCUGCACCUGCCAGGGCUUUUAAAGUGAAACCAUGUCAUGGAUUUCAGAAGAAUAUGAAACUUGAAGUAGUUGACAAGAGGAAUCCUGUACUGAUCAGGGUAGCCACUAUAGUAGAUACUGAUGACCACAGAAUUAAAGUUCACUUUGAUGGCUGGGAUAGUAUUUAUGAUUACUGGAUUGAUACUGACAGCCCUGAUAUUCAUCCUGCAGGCUGGUGUGGAAAAACUGGACAUCCUCUUCAGUCCCCUCUUAGUCCCUUGGAAUUAGUAGAAGCUUUAGAACAAGGAGGAUGCCCUACAGCAGGCUGCAAAGGAAUUGGACAUAUAAAAAGAGCCAGACAUAUGGGUCACCACAGUGCUGUCAGCUGUCCAUAUUCUGAGAUAAACCUGAACAAAGAACAUAUCCUUUCAGAUCGUUUAAGUGGAGAAAUGCCUUUGAAUAAUCCACCUACACAUUGGAACAGAAAGCCAGAAGGAAAUGAAACAUCAGCCUCUCCUCUAAUCAAUAAUAGAAUAUGUCCCAGUCCCAUUGGCCUAACAUCUUCAGCUCAGCUCCAUUCAUCAAACCAAGAAGACACAGAUGGGAAACUCUGCAAAAAACCUGCAAUGUGUGAUGCCAAAGAAAAGAAUUAUAGGGGAAGCCAGACAAUCAAGGAACUUGCUAGAAAGAAUGGGUAUGAAAAAAGGAGGAUGGAAAGCGAAGAACCAUGUCUAAAUGAAACCAAAGAUGCCAAGGAUUUCAGUGACAGAAAGUUCCCAUUCUCAGCCAGUCAUUUGUCUCCCCCGCUGAAAAACUCAUCCUUUCCUUUGCGGUGGGACAAGCAGAGCAAGCUUCUUCCUACUGUGGCUGUCCCUGCCAAUAAAGUUUCCAAGUGGAGCACGGAUGAGGUGUCAGAAUUUCAUACGAGUUUACCUGGCUGCGAGGAACUGGCAGGUGUUCAAGAUGAACAAAUUGAUGGAGAAGCUUUCCUGCUAAUGACGCAAGCAGAUAUAGUCAAAAUAAUGAGCAUUAAACUAGGACCAGCACUAAAAAUCUUCAACUCAAUUCUCAUGUUCAAAUCAGCUGACAAGAACUCUCAUAAUGAACUCUGAUAGGCAAUAGACUACAGGACACGCCUGUACACUGUAGUUCAUGUUAUCUUCAAAGCACAAAGAUACAAAAGGGAUCAUUACAGAAGAACUCUCCAGGGAGUGAAAGAAGUUAGAAUGGAUGAAAUGUCGAUAUAUUCUCUGAGAGGUUGGCGAUCUGAACACUUCUGAGAAGUGCUUAAGCUUUUAGCAAGACUCUCAUAAAAUGGAGUGUACUUAUUGUUUACCAAACUGAUGGCUCCAGUUUACCUAUAACUAGCCAUCCUUAAUUUGAUUGGAAAACUAUUAACUGGUUAAAAUUAUGGAAAUACUAGCUUUUUCUAAGGAGUCAUAAAAUAUGUACUUGAUUAAUUUACUUAUUUCAAUUUAGUAAAUCCCUUUAUCAUUUUGCCAUUUUCAUAAUUUGUUCACAAUUUUUAAAAGGGGGCUAUGGUUAGUUAAUGGAGACUGUUAACUGUUUAAUUUUGCACAGCAGCUCAAACUGAAAAUUUUGCUAUGGACUAUAAAUCUGAUUAACCUAUUGUAUGAAAACAUUUCUGGAAAUUAAUGUUACAAUUUUUAUUUUUUAUUUUUGCAUGCUUUAAAAAAGCUGAAUGAAUACCUCUGCCAGCAUAUUUAGUAUGGAAUUAUUAAACAAACUACCAAAAAUGAAAUUUAAUUCUUACGUAAUAACUACCGUAUUUUAUAUUGCGUUAUAGUGCUUCAGAUCCCAGUCUGUUAAAACAGAAGAAAAUUAAA